CGGCUCUGUUCUGUUCACCGUUCCGUACUCCGCUUCGUGUUUACUGACAACAAUGGCGGCGACCGUGAAUAACAACGUGCAUGAAGAUAUGACAGAAGAUAUGGGAGAAUGGCAACCACCAAGUGAAGCGGAGAUGAAAAUUAUUAAUGCUCGAAGGGAGAGGUCGGAUAAAAUCAGCAAAAUCAUGGGCGUUUACCUACUGAAAGGUUACAAGAUGCUGGCAAUUGUCUGUGAUGAAUGUUCGACUAUUCUGAUGGAGACAAAAGCUGGUGACAAAUACUGCAUAACAUGUAAAGAAUUAGACACUGACACCGACAAGGACAACCCUGUUGUGAACCCUACAGCAGCUCGGUCCCAGGUUUUUGAAGGCAAUCGUUCAACACGGGAAAGCACCUGUUCCUCUUCUGAAGACUUGGUCCAGAUAUCGUCGUCAAUGCCAUCCGCACCCUCUCGGCUAGCUUCACCACCAUCAACAACAAGGGCAGAUGUACAUCACGUGGAUAUACCCCCCAUCCUCCAGGGCACAGCUUCCUCCUCCACCCAUAGUUUCCCAGCCCAUAUGGGGCAGAUCCAAGGGGAGGCUGUAGACAGCCUGUGUGGUAAGCUACAAUGGGCUGCGGAAGAGCUGAGGAUAGAGAAAAACCUCCAACGGUGUACACAGCUGUGUGAACUGAUAAAGGCUAGUGCUGAUGCCAUGCAUAGUCUCAAGGAUUUAUGAUGGAUAAGCAUUUUCUGUGUCAGUCACUUUGUGUUUCCUUUUCUACCAACAAAAUCUUCAUCAUCAAAGAACAGAAUUAUGCUCUACAAGAAUUUACUGAUGAUGAAUGGAUAGUCUUGGGAAACUAAUUUAUUCAUUUAUAAUAUGUAUUCUACAAAUACUAAUUUUCAAUGAACAAAAUAAAGCUUUGAAUAAA